UAUUAGAACCAUUAUUGAGCUAAUAUUAUUGUCAACCCAAAUAACACAGCUCUGCAAGCUGAGGUUGAAAUGGACUUACCUGCGUCAGCCUCACGGUCAAGGCUCGGCCGUAGAAAUUUGGAAUUGAGACGUGCUUCAAUCGCAGUCCUGGAGAUCCUAUGACUCCGUCACAUAAGAUACAAGAAUAGCCUUAACACAUAAAAUUCAAUUUCUUUUAUGCCCCUCUGCUUUUUCUUCCCCUCCAGAGUCCAAGAUUUCAUGACCUGCCCAAUGCCCCUGCAGUCUCUCUCUCUCUCUCUUCGUCUCCGUCUCUGCCUGUAAUCUUUCUUCCCUCCAGAGGCAUAGCCUUCAUUCAAUGAAACCCAAAGGUUAACCAUAACCAAAAACCUGCUCUUUUUUUUUAUCUUCUUUCUUUGUUUUUGCCUCUAUCUGUGCUUCAAAGUCUUUUCAACUUUCAAUAAUUUGGAAUCCCUCCUUUUUCCAAUUAUUUUCCGUUUUUGGGGUAAGGUGAUUUUGGCGUGGUUUUGCGCUGACUAACUCUUGUUUCCUUUCUUGUUAAUGCCAUCUGAGCUCCCUCCUUUUUAACCCUCUCAACUCUUUGCUACAAGCUAAAGCUGGAAGGCUUACCCUACCUACUUUGUUUCUUGGCUUGGAUUUCGGCUCUAAAAUCCCAACACUUUCUCUCUCUCUCUCUCUCUCUCUACCUUGUUUUGUGCGGUUUCUUUACUUGACACCCUGUUUCUUUUCCCUGAUAAAGGACAUGAUCCAUCUGUAGGUUCUAACAACUGAGCAUUGUCCAAUUCCAUCGUUUUACGGGGGUCUUAGGCGUUCGGUUACUUUUCAGUCUUUACACAGCUGGGUCUAAAGUGGGCUAUUCACUCAUCAAAAGCUUUAAACUUUGCAGUUUUAGCUAAUGUGAGAAAAGGGGUCAAGUUGACUCCUUUGAGGUACCCUGAAAUCAAAAUGUCUGAGAAUGAUUAUAAUUUUGUGGGUUGGGAGGAACACAUUAUAUGCCAAGAGCGUGGUAACCGUGUAGUUCACUUUUACUUGAAGGAAGCAUCUGGGAUUUUAGUUCUAGCAGUUGUUGGUACGGAGAGGAGCAUAAGGCAUAUGAUGUAUGUUGUUUCUGGUGAGUUCGUGCAGGCGUAUGGCAUCCAUGGGUUCAUCAAUGCUAAUACUAAAUGGCGAGCAAGACGGGAAGUUGUUGAAUGGUUGCAGUCGCUGGUAUCAAUGAAUCGUCCCCCGGCAGCAGAUUUUCAGAUGGAUGAUUCUAUAAGAGGUUUUGGACCUGUUGAAGUAUCAACGACUGGCCCUAUUGGUUGUCAAACCUGUUUACCACAUCAGAUGGUUCUUAGGAAACUGAAAGCACAAAAUUCCGAUAUUGUGUGGUAUGGCAUUGCUUGGAUCUGUGCUAAACAGCUGAAACACUACCCAUCUUUUUGCAGGAAUGGGACCAUCAUAACUGUUCACUCUUUUGUGUUUAUAAUGGCUGAAGAAAGUCACUACCUUGGAUACCUGGAAGAUAUGUAUGAGGAUAAGAAGGGGCAAAAGAAGGUGAAAGUGCGGUGGUUUCACCACAACCGAGAAGUCAAAGGUGUAAUUUGUCAGCUGAAUCAUCAUCCCAGAGAAGUCUUCAUCACACCUCAUGUUCAAGUUAUUAGUGCAGAGUGUGUUGAUGGUCUUGCAACCGUCCUGACUCCUAGGCAUUAUGAGAAAUGUCUGGCCAUUGUUCCUCAGACUUCACAAUUGGCUGUCUAUAUGUGCUUUAGACAUUUUAAAAAUAACAAGGUGAAGCCCUUCACUCUUACCAAAUUACGGGGAUACUCUAAUCAAGCAAUUCUCUCUUCUUUAGAUGGACCACUUGUCCCUAAGCAAAAAGGCAAGAACCAUAAGUCUCAUGAGGAAGAUGAGGGAGCAUUGACUUUUAAUGACCCUGUGAGGGUAACUGGUAAGAGAAAUAAAAGUUAUAAGGAGCAAGAUGGACUUGAAAGUGGUUCUGGUGGUAGAAAUACAGUACCAGUCAAUGGGAAUCAGAUUAUGAAUUGUCAACCAUCAUAUCCAAAGUUAAAAUUAAGGUUUUCAAGGAAAACAAUGGGUAUUGCGUCACAACUCCAAUCUCCGCUGUCUUUCAAUGCGGAUGAGAAAAUAGAGCUGCUUUGUCAAGAUAGUGGCAUUCGAGGCUGUUGGUUUAGGUGCAAGGUCUUGAAAGCAUCUCAGACGCAUUUGAAAGUUCAGUAUGAUGAUGUGCAGGAUGUUGAUGGGUCUGGUAAUCUACAGGAAUGGGUCCCUAACUCCAGAGUUGCAACACCUGACAAACUGGGUAUGAGAUGUCCAGGCCGCCUGACAAUCCGGCCUUGUCCUCCCAAGGAUAAUACUACUACUGAUCGUAAAUUUGAGAUUGGAGCACCAAUUGAUGUGUGGUGGAGUGAUGGAUGGUGGGAAGGUGUCACAACUGGUGUUGGCAUCUCUGGUGAUGAUGACCUGCAAGUUUACCUCCCUGGUGAAAACAAGUUUCUGACUGUCCAGAGGGAGAAUACCAGAACUUCCAAAGAUUGGGUUGAUGACAGAUGGGUUAAUAUAAACGGGAGGCCUGACAUACUAUCUUACCUAUCUCCAGAUAUCAGUCCUAGCAUGAAUCCCUCGACAUGCAUGGCUAUGGUAGAAGCAUCUGGGUGUAGUAGCAUUGCAACAAUGGAGCACAAGGUCCUCAAGACCUUAAAACUUGAAGUUGUUAAAGAAGAACUGGAAUUACCCAAUCCAGCCUCACAUGAUGGUCCAAGAGACAUGAAUGCAAUGAGAGUGGAAAAGAGACCAGAUGACAAUGAUAAACGAUGAAAGCAACAAAAGUGGAGAUGCUGCUGCUUUUUUGGAGGGGAAAGAGGAUUUUGAUUAUGACGCAAUGCUGUCAACAAGAAAGUCAUUUUUGGAGGAAGAGCUUGAAUCAGCCAAGAAAGAGUAUGAAAAUGGUUUGGUCAACACGGAGUUUCAACCUAAGAGAGUGGGGGAGACUCGACGGUACUUCUUUGGAUUGCUGUAAGUAACGUCGAACUGUUGGUAUAGGCAAAUGUGAAGGAUGAUUCUCUAGUUUCUUUAGGGAAAAUGAUAGUUUUAUAGUAAAAUAGGUUUAGAGAUCAAAAUCAGGUCAAAAUUAUACCAGGUUAAGAGUUUACUAGCACAAUAUCCGCCCGCCGGUCAAAAUUUUUUUACU